UCUAAAUGUAUCGAAUAUCAAAACUGCAUUUAUUUAGUAUUUCAUUCCAAAUUUAAAACCUUUUUUUUUUCUUUCAUCAAGGGACUAUGAGGUAUGAAUAAAGUGCAGAUGAAAGCUGGCAUGAGUAACGCUAAAGGUAUACAAAAUGUGCAAUCACAGAAAUCAGCUGCCAGUAAUAAAACCGGACAACAGACUGACAGAUCAGGGAAGACAGCUGCUGUUAAUCCUAGAAAGAAGCCACCUGGAGGUAAUGACCCAAGGAAGAAAAAGGAGUCUCCUGAGAUGACAGAGCUUAAGAUACAGAUAGCAAAUAUGAAAUCACAAGUUCUUGACUCAGAAAAUUUAAUACGUCAACAACAGGAUGAGUUGGAAAACUAUAAAACAGAAAACAUAGAUUUAUCCAAACAAAUGACACAGUUUGUUAUGGAAAAGGCCGGAAAAUCUAGAGAUUCAGUUAUUGUGGACCUUAACCAGCAAGUAGAAAAACUACAGAAACAAAUCGAGGGUAUUGAGAAAGAGAAGACCGAAAUCCUGGCAGAUAAAGAACUCUAUAUGACAACAUUGUCAAAAUAUAUAACAGAGAAAACACCAGAAGAAAUGCCAGAUAUACCUAAUAUGGAGGAGCAUAUGAGACCAACAAAGAUAGCAGACAUGUUUAAUCAAGUCUACCAGAAUGUUUGGCCUAGAGCUUAUGAAAUAGCAAAUGAGAAACUUAACGAUGAAAAACUUUCCUGUGUUUAUUUGCUUACAAUAUUUAAGGAUUCUUGGGAGUUUUGCUGUGCCUUAUCAAGACACCAGUUACAUAUCCUAGAGAUGACAUAUUUAGUACCUUAUGGCCCAAACAUAAGUGUGGAGGCUACGUUCAACAUUCCUCAACUGUCGGUGAAGAACUUAAAAGUAGUAAAAGAAACAAGAAAACAUAUAGCUAAACAGACAAUAGCAAAUCUGUAUGGUUUAUUCAUGUCACCAGAAUCAGGUACAGGGACCAAGGACAUACCCUCGGAGUUGGAACCGUUUGUGAGGUCCUGUUUGGAAGUCUGUUGGUACAGUGCUAUCCAGGACCCACCAUUAGGUUUUGUAUUUGAUACUGGUGUCAGCUGGGAGCUAGAUACAAACUAUUUUGAAAUGUUUACAAAAACUGGUAUCUAUGUUGACUUUAUUGUAUGGCCUGCUAUGCUCUUACACAACCAUGGAGCUGUGUUACAGAAAGGGGUAGUCCAGGCUUUAGAUGAAAAGUCUCAUAGACCUCAACAAUAAUACAUUCUGUUUUCAUUGAUAUAUACUUUAUAUGUUAUACAGGUAUUAUUUUUGUUAUUGUUACAUAAAUAUAAAAGCUUUAAUAAAAUGUACACAAUUA